UAUCUUGAGUUUGUUAGGUUCUGGAUGGAGGUUGGGGUUGGUUUUUCUCCACUAGAUGGAGUCCUGGAGGCGGCUGCACGGAGGGCGGACCUUUGACGUCAUCUACAUACCGGUCGGCAAUCACGUCCUUACCUGCGGCUUAAGAGAAGCGGUUUGCCAACACUUUGACACCAGAUUGUUGACUAGUGAUGAACCUACCCGAGUAUCCGUAUCUGGACCUCCAUUCCCCGUUAGUCCGUCGUGACGCUGGCGACAGUUACUCGCCAGAUGCCCGAGUCUCCACUGCAGUCUUACAGUUCAAUCCUUCUCCAAAUCUCACUCAAAUUGGCAAACCGUCUGCUCAGUCGCUCUCCAAGCCCUGGCCGACCUGUCCGUCCCCCAACGCCGCCACACCAGCUCAAAUCAAGCUGCUGCUCCUUGCUUCCGUCAAGGACUUGACGUUUCCUGGCAAACGCCUCCGUAACCAAAGAAACGGAAACCCAGAAACUCUGGCUCCCUCCAAAGGUCACAUAUACUACUACACCCUGUGCUGUUGGUGCUGCUGCCCGCCGCUUGAACCAAUUUCCCUCCUGCUCAUAAUAAACCUGUUAAACUUUAUUGGUUCUCCUGUAUAUGUUCUUGCAUCUGACGUUCACGCUGCAGGCAGAGAAAACUGGCGGCAGCAUCAGAUAACGAAGCUGGACCACCAUCAUGAAGAGUCCUCGGCAGCCAGCAGGCAGGAGCUCUGUGGGUACUGUGAUGGGUCUGCUGUUCCGGCCUCUGCUCUGUCUGCUCUUUCCAGGGGACCCAGUCUGAGAGGCCUGUCAUCGCUAAGAGAGGACCGCUCAGCGCUCCGCAGCAACCCUCCUCUCUAUAAUGGCUUCCAGUCGCUCAUAAAAUCACCGAACUGUGGGAAACCAGGACAGGCCAGCGGCCAGAAGAACCUCUGCAGAUAG